CUAGGUACAGAGUGUGCCAGGCUCUACAGAGUGAAGACUUCAGUCCAAGGUCAUGGCAAAAUAUCUGAAGUUCAUUGCCAGGACUGUGAUGGUACAGGAAGGGAACGUGGAAAGUGCAUACAGAACUCUAAACAGACUCCUCACUAUGGAUGGGUUCACUGAGGACAUAAAGCAUUGGCGGUGUGAGAAGCCAUGCCUCCUGCAACAGAGGGAAAGCUAUAAAAGGUGUCGGCGGAUCUACAACAUGGAAGUGGCUCACAAGAUCAACUUCUUGAUGCAAAAGAAUUGGGUAGAUCCAUGGCAGGGUUGCUGAGGCCUGUGGAUGGGACACCCAGUGUGAAACCCUCAUCCAGUUUUGUCUCAGUUUUCUUUGUACAAUCCCAUUUCCUAUUACUGUUCUCUACAAUAAACUCAAACACGUUAGCAAGAAGGCCUCCACAUACAGAAACAAUCCCAUUAGUCAGCAGUGGACACUCUCUUUUAUUAAGUGAAAGAAGAAACUGAGUCUGAAAGUAGUCUAGGAGCAGAAUGGUGUUUGCCAGGGGCUAGAGAAGGGGGCAAUGAGAAGUUAUUGUUUAAUGGGUCCAGUUUCAGUUUGGGAAGAUGAAAAAGUUCAGGAGAUGAUGGCCAGGUGUGGUGGCUCACACCUGUUAUCCCAGCACUUUGGGAGGCUGAGGUGGGCAGAUUAAUUGAGGCCAGGAGGUAAUGACAAGCCUGGCCAACAUCGUGAAACCCCAUCUCGACUAAAAAUACAGGGAAAAAAAAAAAAAUUAGCCAGGCAUGGUAGUGCAUGCCUGUAGUCCCAGCUACUUGGGAGGCUGAGAUUGGAGAAUCUCUUGAACCGGAGAGGUGGAGGUUGCAGUGAGCCAAGAUCAUGCCAUUGCAUUCCAGCCUGGGAAGAGUGAGAGGCUCAAAAUAAAACAAAACAGGAGAUGGAUGUUGGAUGGUGAUAGUGGUUGCACAGAAAGGUGAAUGUAGUACUUAAUGCCACUGAACUGUACACUUAAAUGGUUAAGAUGGUAAAUUUCGUGUUUUACUAUAAUAAAAACUUUUUU